CACUUGGAAAUCAUCAAACUUGAAGCUAUACCAUUGAAACAAGACAAAAUUGUAGUGUCAUAGUCUGUUUGGAAGCUAGCACAGGUGUUAAACCUUAAACAUCUUGAUGAUGCGAUAAGGUGUCAGCGACCGACGAUUCCUUCCUUCACCAGUCACCUUCUUCAUUUUGUCAUCAACAAUUCUUCCUUUCGCUCCCACCAAGGAUCAAGGGGGGAAAGCGAUGACAGAAUCCGGUCGCCGGCCGAUACCGACCACCGUUACUCCAGCGCCGCCGCCUCACGUUCUAAUGUUUCCUCUCCCGGUGCAAGGCCACGUCACCACCAUGCUCAACUUAGCCGAGCUCCUCUGCCUCUCCAACCUCAGAGUAACCUUCCUCAAUUCCGACCACAACCACCACCGGCUCCUCCGCUUUACCACCGUCCAGUCCCGUUUCGCCAUCUACCACCAGCUCUUCAGCUUGCAGAGCAUCUCCGACGGCCUGCCUUCCGACCACCCCCGCAGCGGCGAGCGGGUUCUCGACCUUUUCGAAUCCAUGGGCACCAUAACCAGGCGCCUGUUCAGGGAUUUGCUUCCCUCGAUUCGCCCACCGAUCGACUGCCUGAUUAGCGACGGAGCUCUUCCAUUCCCUCUCGAAGUUGCCGCCGAGUUCGGGAUUCCGGUCGUCCAUUUCCGUACGAUCGGCGCCUGCUGCUUCUGGACUUAUUUCUGCAUCCCUGACAUGAUUGAAGCAGGCGAGCUCCCAAUCCGAGGAGACGAAGAUAUGGAAAGGCUGAUAACCACAGUACCAGGAACAGAAGAAUUUCUCAGGUGCAGAGACCUUCCGAGCUUUUGCCGCUCCCCAGACCUCUCCCAUCCAUCCCUCCAAGCUUUGGCAUCCGCCACUCAACAGUCCACCAAAGCUUACGCACUGAUCCUCAACACAUUCGAGGGCUUAGAAGGUCCAAUUCUGACCCAAAUUGCAGCUCACUGUCCCAAAACAUACACAAUCGGACCAAUUCACGAGCACUUGAGAUCAAAGCUCACCCUACAACCAUCAUCAUCAUCGUCAAGUCUAUGGGAAGAAGACAGAAGCUGCUUGGAAUGGCUAGACAGGCACCCACCCAAGUCCGUCCUCUACGUGAACUUCGGCAGCAUAGCAGUGAUGACACCAGAAGACCUGAUCGAAAUCUGGCACGGUCUCGUCAACAGCAAGCAGCGGUUCUUGUUGGUCAUGAGGCAGGGCUCGGUCGCCGAGCUUGGAAGCAAUACUAACGAUACAAUCACUUACCCUGAAGAGCUAGUGAAAGGGGUUCAAGGAGAAGAAUACAUGGUGGUGUCAGGAUGGGCGCCACAGAAGGAAGUGCUCGAUCACGAGGCCGUGGGUGGGUUUCUGACCCACAGCGGAUGGAACUCGACCCUGGAGACGAUUGUAGCUGGUGUGCCGAUGAUUUGCUUGCCGUAUUUCGCUGAUCAGCAAGUGAACAGCAGGUUUACGAGCGAGGUAUGGAAGCUGGGAUUGGACAUGAAGGAUGCUUGUACGAGAAAGGUGGUGGAGAGGAUGGUGGUUGAAUUGAUGGUGGAGAGGAAGGAAGAUUUCGCGACAUCGGCGGCGAAGAUAGCCGAGUUGGCGAGAUCCAGUGUUGGCUUUGGAGGAUCGUCGCGCCAGAACCUGGAGGCUUUGAUCGAGGAUAUUCGGUCAAUGAAGUCCAAGUAAAGAAUGGUUCAACCUGCAACCUUUUAUUCUUCUGAUGAGCUCAAAUGCUCUAACUACUUGUCUUAUGAUGAUGUUUAUCGGUAGAUAUUACAUAGUUUCCAAGGUAACUCUGUAAAAAAAAAAUCUCUAUCCAUUUUCCCCAAAAAAUUUAUAAGGUAGAUGUGUAUAAAUAUAGCAGGCCAAACUCCAUUUGAAUUGAAGGGGCAGAAGUAGCAAAAAUGGAACAAGCCACCGCAAUCCCUCACGUUCUCAUCUUCCCACUGCCAGUUCAGGGUCACGUCACCUCCAUGCUCAAACUGGCCGAGCUCCUAUCCCUAGUCGUCGGCGGCGGCGGCAUCAGGGUUACCUUCCUCAAUUCCGACUACAACCACAAGCGUCUAAUCCAGUUCUCCGACGCCGAAUCCCGGUUCCGAAACUACCCAGCCUUCCAAUUCAAGACCAUCGACGAUGGUCUUCCGAUGGACCAGCUUACGAAGGGCCACAAGGUCUCGGAAUUGGUCGGAGCAAUGGGCUCGAAAACCAGACCGGUUUUCAAAGACUCGGUGGUUCAGAUGGAUCCACCUGUCACCUGCGUCAUCGGCGAUGGCGCUUUGGGGUUUAUCAGCGAAGUUUCCCUGGAACUUGGGAUCCCGAAUAUUCGAUUUCGCACAAUUAGCACUUGUUUCUUCUGGAUUAACUUCUGGCUGCCGGAAAUUAUCCAGGCCGGCGAACUCCCUAUCCAAGGCGAGGAAGAUAUGGACAGGAUGAUUACGAAGGUACCCGGAACGGAAUCUUUCUUACGGUGCCGAGAUCUACCGGCGUACUGUCGGGGACGUUCCGACGAACCGACUCUGCUUCGGAUCGUAAGGGCGACGAGGGAAUCUUCGUCGCCGCCGUAUCCUCUCAUUCUCAACACAUUUGAUGAGUUGGACGGCCCAAUUCUUGCCCAAGUCCGCCACCGCUUCCCCAAAACCUACGCAAUUGGACCGCUCCACGAGCACCUGCGAUCACGGCUCCAUACGACGCCGUAUUCGUCACCGUCCAGCAGCCUGUGGAAGGAAGAAGCAAGCUGCCUGACGUGGUUGGAUACUCAGCCACCUGGCUCCGUGCUGUACGUCAACUUCGGGAGCAUCACGAUGAUGAGAAGAGAUCAGGCGGUCGAGUUCUGGGAAGUGGAAAUGGGUUGUGACAAUAUGCCUGAAGAGCUAGUGGAAGGGGUUGAGAAGGGGAAUUUGAAGGUCCUGGUGGGCUGGGCGCCUCAGGAGGAGGUUUUGGGUCAUGAUGCGGUUGGUGGGUUCUUGACUCACAGCGGGUGGAAUUCGACAUUGGAGAGCAUUGUAGCUGGGGUUCCGAUGAUCUGCUGGCCUUUUUUCGCGGACCAGCAAGUGAACAGUAGGGUUGUGAGUGAGGUUUUGAAGUUGGGUUUGGAUAUGAAGGAUGUUUGUGACAGAAGGGUUGUGGAGAGGAUGCUGAAUGAGCUGAUGGUGGAGAAGAAGGAAGAGUUUGGGAGGAAGGCGGCGGAGAUGGCGAGAAUGGCGAAGGAGAGUGUCAAGGAAGGUGGUUCUUCUUACAGGGAUUUGGAGCUUUUGAUUGAAGAUAUUAAGUUGAUGAGUUCUCAAGCACAGGAGGUGAACGGGUCCAAGAGCAACAACAGCAUUUCGUGA